AUGGACGAAAAAUUACACUAUUGCAACGUGGCAAUCGCCGUUCUCGCCGUCGUCGCGUUUUCGCACAUUCACUACAGGUAACAACAACCUCUUGUGUAAAUUUCAACAAAACAACCAUUGAACUUGUAGAAUCUGGACUCUAGAGGCCGAAUGUUCGCAUCUCGGUCCCGCUAGCCCGCGCAUCAAAAGAGACGUGCUCAUUCCGAUGCGCAACACCACUUCGGACACUCUCUGGCUGACGUCACUUUCGUCCGUCAAAAUCGGAGAGCUCAUGCAAAAGUGCACAGAGAUUCACGAGUAUUGCAGCGAUCAGGAGGAUCUACGUGGCAAACCGGGCGCCGCCGGGCCAGUGGGACCGCCCGGCAAGUCUGGGCCACCAGGACCACACGGUCGGAGGGGUUUGAUGGGAGUGCCCGGGCAUCCGGGACCGAUGGGACCGCCCGGAAACAUUGGAAACGACGCCGAUUGCUCGUCGUGUCCGAUCAGGGACGAGCUGCUCGUGGAGCGACAAUUGCAGUGUCCUACGGUACGCGUUUCUGCAUUGUGUCGUCAGAUCUGAUGCCCAGUUUGCAGAUCGAAAACCUGGAGUGUCCCAAAGACUCUGCCGCGAGUACCGCCUGGCCAUCAGUCACGCAGCUACCCAUUCCCGGACUAGUUCAGCAGGUAAAUCCCAAUUAUUAUAGGGGCACCGCGCAGAAAUGGCGCUCUGUUGAGAAACUCCUUUUGCAGUGCAAAUUGAGCGACCUCGGGGCCGAGUUUGAAAAGUUAGGCCACAUUUUCAGUGGAAAAUUACUUCGCGGCCUAGAAAUUCGGCCAAAUUGCGAACAGCGCGCCCUUUCUGUCCGGUGCCCCAAUAAUACACGGUCUCCAGAGCUGACAAGUGCGCCCCGCCCAAUAGAGCGAUACAUUGGCGCGAAAUUCAAAUUUUAACAGCGAAAUUUGUGUUUUUUGCCAGAUUAGCCACGAAAAACCGAUAAUUUCUGAAUUUUCUCUCGAUAGACCGAUUAAAUAGGCUAUUACGAAUUUUUUAAGCGCAAGAGCGUUAAAUUUGGUCAAGUCGCAAAUCUUAUUCAUCCGUUUGAAGGUUUUUGGCUAAAACUGCGUGAAUUUCAGUUGCUUUUCGGUAAUUUUUGCGGUUCGAGCGCUCAAAAUGCUCGUAUUUACGUGAUUUAUCAUUCUCAAAACCAAUUCUGUCUGAAAACGGUCAAGAAAGCGCAAAAUGAGAAGUUUUUGGGCGGCGAUCGGCGAAAAAGCAAAGUCCGCGAAAAAUGAGCGCCAAAACGUCAUAAAUUCUGUGAGAAUUAGUGUGUUUUCAUGUCGAACAAUCAUUUUUUAUCGCCGUUGACCACAAAAAUCAGAGAAAACCUGCUCAAUUCAUUAAAAAGCCAUUUGGCCGCCGAGGCCAAGCUCUGGAGACCGUGCAAUUCUCAUCAAAUCCGGUCCGCAAACGCCGCCACCGCGUAUUGCAGAUUCUGACCAACUACAGUGAGGUCGAGAGUUGUGUGAAAAUUUGUCUGAAAAACUACACGCUGGAAGAGGCGACAGAGGCGACGAUCACCACGCCCGUUGCCUAUAUUCAGGGCGUCACGGCUCGUGAGUGACCGGCGGUGGCCUAGGAAAAAGUUCGGCCACCCCCAACCAGUUUUGCAGAUUGUCGACUUCAAAAUGUCGGGAAGCCGGUGUUCCAUUCGCACUCGACCACCUACUACGGUAGUUGGAUGCGAGACGCCUAUCCGCCGACCGGCGAUGUGAGUUCUGCCGUCUUUCCCGACCGGUCCGCCAACAUGUGAUCGUUGCAGGACGCCCGAAAACGAUACGUGAUGAAUCAUUUCCAAGGCCACGAACUGAUCGAAUUCCGGAACGAAGCGGAAAUGCGAAGGGAGCACGUUGCCAAAGUGUCAGGCCAUUCGAGAUAUUGUCCUUUUCCCCAGCAACUAAAAACGCGCGUUUCAGUCACCGUCUACCGUACAUUUUCGACGGCACAAACCACGUCAUCUUCAACGCCUCCUUGUUCUACCAGCGCGCCGGAUAUCCGAUCAUUUCAAAGUUCGACUUCAACACCAAACAAUAUUCACAGUUCGAGAUUCCGGACGCCGCGUAUCGAGGCGAUCAGGUGGGUGUCAUUUGUCGUAAAAUCUGGUGUUUUGAGCUACUUGAAACGGUUUUUUACAGUACCUCUUCAACAACUCGAUGACCUAUUUCGACCUGGCAAUCGACGAAAACGCCCUGUGGGUCAUGUUCCACUACCAGCAAGAGCACUUCUUAUCAGUAGCGAAGGUACAGUACUCCAGAGAGUUGAGCGGAAGAAUUUUUAUCUUUUUUAGAAAAUUUUUUCAUGGAAUGUGAUCAACUGACGAAACGUAUAGCAAAGUGAACUGUGCUCAUAGAAAAAUAAUUGUAAAUUUAGCUUUUCAUACAAAAAAGUUAUUCCUUCCGUCUUCCGUUAGCCCUCCUUUUUUCACGGAACAACUCGAAUAAUUUUUUAUAUGAAAAGCUAAAUUUACUAUUAUUUUUCUAUGAGCAGAGUUCACUUUGCUAUACAUUUCGUCAGUUGAUCACAUUUCAUGAAAAAAUUUUCUAAAAAAGAUAAAAAUUCUUCCGUUGAGUUGUUCCGCUCAACUCUGGUAUUCCUCCUACCGUAGCCUACCGUAAUCCGUGCGCACAGGUCGACAUCAACAAUUUGACCAUCUACGAAACGUUCAAUCUGACGCUGGUGAAUCAUACGGACGUCUCGAACGGCAUCGUCAUCUGCGGCACAAUCUAUCUGGUCAGUUUGACGGGCUACUGUACUUGGGCACCUACCGUACUCGUUGCAGGUCGAAAGUGGCGCCGAGCAGUCGUCGUACAUCGCGACGGCCUUUGAUUUCUACCGUAACACCUACUCGCAACCGCUCAUCAAAUGGAUCAAUUUGUACAAAAACGCGAAUAUGAUCAGUUAUAACGCGUACGACAAACGCAUUUAUAUUUAUGAUCACGGCUACAUGCUCUCCGUUCCGCCGCUUUUGCAGUGGCUCGCCAAAUGA